AUGGCACCCCACUCUGGAGCAUUGUCACCACCAGCAGCAGACAACGAUUUCGUCUUUACCAUUUCCGAUCGUGAAGAAGCGGAAGAGGAGAGAGGAAGAGCUACAAGAAAUGGUGCGACCGGUUCUGUCGAAGAAUGGGGAUCGAGCGCAGAAGACGAGCAGCGCAGAGGGAAUGUGAGGAUUGGGAAAAGGAAGAGGGAGACGGGAAUUGGAGAAGAGGUGGGGGAAAGCGGUAGAUGGAACAAGAAGCACAGGGGAUUGCGAGAUGAGCGGGCUGGCGCGAAGCUCAGAAACUUACGACAAGGGGGCAGGGAGGGCUCAAGUGACGAGGAAGAGGAUGAGCUGGGCGAAGAAGAAGAAGAAGAAGAUGAUGAUGGGGCUUUGGAUCCGGGGUUUGAAUUUAGGAUCCCGGGUUUGGAGGAUGGAGGGUUAGUGGAGGGCUUCGAUGCGUGGGGUGAUGAUACGAAUGCUGCUCUGAAGAGGAAAACUGGGGGCGAUGGCAAGGAAUCCGGAAAGAAGCAGGGAGUAGAUCUGGAUAAGAUCAUUGAGAGGAGACUGGCGAGGAGAAUGAAGAGUAGGGAGGGUGCUGUAAAUGGGGAUGCGCAUGUCGAGUCUUCUCAAAAUGGUGUUGUGGAAGUCGAUGGCGAGCAAGAUCAAGAAGAGGGUAGGGAGGGGCAGGAAGAGGAAGAGGAAGAUUUCUUAGAUUUUGCGGAUGAUGAGCUGUUGGCUACGGAUGGCUUCGGAGCAGGGGCUAUGGAUCAGGAAGACGAGGAAGCUAGGGAAGAGAACAGCGACGACGACCCACGUCAACAGGAUGGAGAAAGCGAUGCUGAAUCAGACGCUGACGAUGAUUCGAUCGCGUCUCCAACUGCACACCCGGAUGAUAUGGCCCAUUCGGACGGCGACUCAGAUACCUCGGUUGAAGACCCAGAAGAGGCCUCCAAACGCGCUGCCUUCUUCGCUCCGGAAUCAGAAGAAAAGUCUGCUUCAAAGUCCGAUCCCGGCUCCACAGAUAUGUCAUCCUCCUUCCAAUCCUUUUCCCUUUCACGUCCAAUCCUCAAAGGUCUCUCAACUCUGUCAUUCACCAACCCUACUCCAAUCCAAAGGAAAACCAUUCCUGUAGCCCUACUAGGAAAGGACGUCGUCGGAUCUGCCGUCACCGGCUCCGGCAAAACAGCCGCCUUCCUCCUGCCCAUCCUCGAACGCCUCCUCUACCGUCCUCGCAAAAUUCCAACCACACGUGUCGCCAUUCUCAUGCCAACCCGAGAACUAGCUGUACAAUGCUACGCCGUCGCCGUCAAAUUAGCAUCUUUCACCGACAUCACCUUCGCCCAACUGGUGGGCGGCUUCUCCCUCCGCGAACAAGAAGCCCUGCUGAAAAAGCGACCCGACGUGGUCAUUGCCACCCCAGGCCGCUUCAUAGACCAUAUGCGCAAUUCUCCCUCCUUCACUGUCGACACGCUAGAGAUCCUCGUGCUCGAUGAAGCGGACCGAAUGCUCGAAGAUGGCUUCGCCGACGAGCUCAACGAGAUCAUCUCAUCUAUCCCUAAAUCCCGCCAAACCAUGCUUUUCAGCGCCACCAUGACCGAAAGCGUGGACAGUCUCAUCCGCGUCGGACUGAACAGGCCUGUCCGGCUGAUGGUUGACAAGCAAAAAUCCACUGUCGACACUUUGAGCCAAGAAUUCGUCCGUCUCCGCCCCGGCCGCGAGGACAAGAGGCUAGGCUAUCUGCUGCAUCUGUGCAAGACGGUUCACACGUCAAGGACGAUCAUCUUCUUUCGCCAGAAAAAGGAAGCCCAUCGCGUACGCAUCGUGUUUUCACUUCUUGGCCUAAAGGCUGGAGAACUUCACGGCUCCAUGACCCAGGAGCAGCGGAUUAAUGCCGUCGAGACGUUUCGGGCGGGGAAGACGCAGUUUCUCCUCGCCACUGAUCUCGCAAGUCGCGGGUUGGAUAUCAAAGGUGUGGAAACAGUGAUAAACUACGAAGCACCGCAAAAUCACGAGAUCUAUCUUCACCGCGUGGGUCGGACGGCUCGGGCGGGGAAGUCUGGGCGUGCUUGCACGUUGGCGGCGGAGCCGGAUCGAAAGGUCGUCAAAGCUGCUGUUAAGUCUGCAAGGGCUCAGGGAGCGAAGAUUGUUUCGCGAGUGGUAGGGGCUGAGGAGGCAGAUCGUUGGGCCAGGGAAGUGGAGAUGUUACAGGAUGAGGUGGAGGAGGUUCUGCAGGAGGAGAAGGAGGAGAGACAACUUGAGCAGGUUGGGAAACAGGUCGUUAGGGCUGCUAAUCUUGUGGAGCAUCGGGACGAGAUUUUGUCACGGCCUAGAAGGACUUGGUUUGAGAGCGAAAGGGAGAAGAGGAAUGCUAAGACCAGGGAGAAGGAGGCGAGAGGAGAUGGUGGGGUAGGGUCAGAGGGGCAGAAGAAGAAGGUGCUGGGAAAGAGAAAGUUGUCUGGCAAGGAGAAGAAGAGGUUGGACGAUAAGAGGGAGAGGUUGGAGGAGGAAGGGAAGAAGGUUUGGAGGAAGGGGAAGGGCAGUGAGGAGGCGGUUAGGCGGGAGAGGGUAGAGAGGAGGAGAAAGAAGGGGAAAGCUACCACGAAGGAGAUGAAGAAGCACAAGACCAGGACAAGCAAAAGAAGAUAA